AUGUCUGUAAGGCCUGAAGAGGAGGAGGAAAUGGAGGUUGCAAAUGAGAGGGAGGCUGAGAUGGAGGAGUCCGAUAAAGAGGAGGAAAUAGACGUUGAAACUGUUGAUGAGAGAGAGGAGGAUAAUAAACAUAUAGAAGUAAUUAACGUCAUCGAUAGCGGUGAAGAGAAGGAGAUGGAGGUUGCAAAUGAAAGGGUAACUGAGAUGGAGGAGUCCGAUGAAGAGGAGGAAGCUCUCUGCGAGAAUCUUCGAGUAGAUAGGUCACAGGAUUGGUCGAUCUUAAACACUCAGUAA